CUUCCGUCGUCAGGCGGGCGGCGAGAUUAGCUCCGUCAGCCGAGGAAGACGCUCGAGUGGCCAAGAUGGCGGACGUACUGGACCUUCAUGAGGCGGGCGGCGAGGACUUCGCCAUGGACGAGGAUGGCGACGAAAGCAUCCACAAACUGAAGGAAAAAGCGAAGAAGAGGAAAGGCAGAGGGUUUGGGUCAGAGGAGGGUUCCAGAGCCCGUGUCCGUGAGGAUUAUGACAGCGUGGAGCAAGAUGGGGAUGAGCCGGGUCCCCAGAGAUCAGUGGAAGGCUGGAUUCUCUUCGUCACGGGUGUCCACGAGGAGGCCACCGAGGAGGACAUUCAUGACAAGUUUGCAGAGUUUGGGGAAAUCAAGAACCUCCACCUGAAUCUUGACCGGCGGACAGGUUACCUGAAGGGCUACACCCUGGUAGAAUAUGAAACGUACAAAGAAGCCCAGGCAGCCAUGGAGGGACUGAAUGGACAAGACCUUAUGGGGCAGCCGAUCAGCGUGGAUUGGUGUUUUGUCAGGGGACCUCCAAAAGGGAAACGAAGGGGUGGCCGUAGAAGGAGCAGGAGUCCUGACAGAAGGAGGCGCUAAAGGUGGGGAGGGAGGUUCUCCUUUUUGCGAUGCUUGUGAUGUUAAGCCCUGGCGAACCAGAAGGAAAUGCCCAUCUGCACUAAGAGACCAUAUGCUUACAUCUUUUUCUCUCUCCCCCCCACCCCGGUUAAUUUUGUAUUUACACAGUUUGACUAUUUCUUAAUUACUCUCAAUCUGAUGUCUCAGUUUACAUGAGAUUUCCUGUUAUUGGUGUCCUUGGGCAUAAGUCCUCCUGUGUCUUGGUACAAGUCAUUAUGCUUUUUAGUCUUUGAGAAGGGACUGUCUGAAAGCAAUGUUCAGAAUAAAAAGAUUAUGGACUUUUUUAUAUAAA